AUGAACUCGCCCACCACCUCAUGCUCCCUAUCAAGCCACCAAGCAAUCAUGAAGUGCCCCUGGCAAUGGCGUCAACCGUUUCUCGACGAGAAGCGCGAGAGUCGCAAGCGCAAAGUCGGCGACGGCUAUUUCUACGAUCCCGUGGACCCGAAUUUUGUCGAUCAUUUGCUGCCUGGCUAUGCACAAAAGUUCGGCGAUGCCGACGUGCUCGAGUCGGACGAGAAGGAGAAUAUUCAGCGCGAGAUUGAGCGGCUCAUGACCAAGAAGAAUGAUCGGCGGGCCCGCCUCGACGCUGCUGCUGCUGCUUCUGCCUCGGACGACGAGGAGGACGGCGCAGUGAGCCGUGAAAACCAGGCGCUAGUGGACAGUAUUCUGCUCAUGUCCAAGUCGGUCGAGGCCUCGUCGCUCUCGCUGCUGUUGGCGUCGCCCAAGAGCGUGACGUCGUCCGACGAGAGCAGCAGCAGCAGUGACGACGAUGAGAAUGAGCUCAGCUGCAGUAGUGGAGACGAACCGUUCGAUCUCGCCGAGGACCGACCGACGAAGCUCCCUGUGCAGCGCAGCACGUCGCUCGAACUCUUGUCGGACAACUUGCACGAGGCCUUUUUCGCCGUGGAAGACGACGCGCUGCUGGACUUUCAAUCCGCGUCGACGGUCUAUGUGGUCCAGAGCGACUGA